AUGGACCUGGGAAUAUUGAGACAGACAGAGACUGGAGAAAUAACUGACAAUAUUGAUUCCGCUGUCCAUUUUCCAGACACAGAGAGGGCAGAAUGGCUCAACAAGACUGUAAAACAGAUGUGGCCUUUUAUUUGCCAAUUUAUUGAGAAACUCUUCCGGGAGACCAUAGAACCAGCAGUAAGAGGAGCAAACAACCACCUCAGUACCUUCAGUUUUACAAAGAUUGAUAUUGGUCAUCAGCCUCUACGGAUAAAUGGUGUAAAAGUGUACACUGAAAAUGUGGACAAAAGGCAGAUCAUUCUGGACCUUCAAAUCAGUUUUGUUGGAAACUGUGAAAUUGAUUUGGAAAUCAAGAGAUACUUCUGCAGAGCUGGCGUUAAAAGUAUACAGAUCCAUGGCACUAUGAGGGUUAUCCUGGAACCACUAAUUGGAGACAUGCCCCUAAUUGGAGCGCUAUCCCUUUUUUUCCUUAGGAAACCUCUUUUGGAAAUUAACUGGACUGGACUGACCAAUCUUCUGGAUGUUCCAGGACUGAAUGGCUUAUCAGAUACAAUAAUAUUGGAUAUCAUAUCCAACUACCUGGUUCUUCCAAACAGAAUUACAGUCCCUCUUGUCAGCGAAGUGCAGAUUGCUCAGUUGCGGUUUCCUAUACCAAAGGGUGUUCUAAGGAUACACUUUAUUGAAGCUCAGGACCUGGAGGGGAAAGAUACUUACCUAAAAGGGAUUGUUAAAGGAAAGUCAGAUCCCUAUGGAAUCAUCCGUGUGGGCAACCAGAUUUUCCAAAGCAAGGUCAUCAAAGAAAACCUCAAUCCAAAAUGGAAUGAAGUUUAUGAGGCCUUAGUAUAUGAACAUCCAGGACAAGAGCUAGAGAUUGAGCUCUUUGAUGAAGAUCCAGAUAAAGAUGACUUCCUGGGAAGUUUGAUGAUAGAUUUAAUUGAAGUUGAAAAGGAGCGUCUUCUAGAUGAGUGGUUUACUUUGGAUGAAGUGUCCAAAGGAAAAUUACAUUUAAAACUGGAAUGGCUCACAUUGAUGCCAACUGCUGAAAAUCUAGACAAGGUGCUAACAAGCAUUAGAGCUGAUAAAGACCAAGCCAAUGAUGGACUUUCUUCUGCAUUACUUAUUCUCUAUUUGGACUCAGCACGAAACCUGCCUCAUAAUCCAUUAGAAAUUAACCCUGAUGGCUUGAAGAAGGCUGCUGUUCAGAAAGCCCUAAAGUCAGGAAAGAAAAUAAACAGCAAUCCCAACCCACUUGUUUUGCUGUCAGUUGGACAUAAGGCACAGGAAAGUAAGAUUCGAUACAAGACCAAUGAACCAGUAUGGGAGGAAAACUUCACUUUCUUUGUUCACAACCCCAAAAGACAAGAUCUUGAAGUUGAGGUGAGGGACGAACAGCACCAGUGUUCUUUGGGGAACUUCAAGCUGCCUCUAAGCCAGUUGCUGGAAAGUGAAGAUUUAACUAUGCAUCAGCGGUUCCACCUGAGCAACUCCGGUCCAAACAGCACUAUAAACAUGAAGAUUGCACUCAGGGUCCUUUCUCUUGAAAAGCAAGCAAGAUCUCCAGAUCAUCAACACUCAGCCCAAGUAAAAAGGCCAUCUCUUUCCAAAGACGCAAGAAAAUCAUCUUUUAAGCCUCAGGUUCCUGUCUCACCACCACCUGAUUCAAACAAACCUGUUCCAGCUUCCCCAGUGACUGAUACGGAUAAAAAGACUGAUACGGUGGAAAAAAGUCAACCUCCCAAUGCUAGCCCUCAGUGGCCAACCGAUCUCAGUCGAAGUUCCUCCAGUCUUCAUGCCUCUAACUUCUCUUACUCUCCCAGCCACCUCUCGGUCAAAGAACCUACUCCGAGCAUAGCCUCAGACAUAUCUCUGCCUAUCGCCACACAGGAACUACGGCAAAGACUACGACAGCUUGAAAAUGGAACAACUCUGGGGCAGUCUCCAUUAGGACAGAUUCAGCUAACAAUUCGUCAUAGUUCACAAAGAAACAAACUGAUUGUGGUUGUGCACUCCUGCAGAAAUCUAAUAGCAUUUUCAGAGGAAGGAUCUGAUCCAUAUGUGCGAAUGUAUUUAUUGCCUGAUAAGAGACGAUCAGGAAGAAGAAAAACACAUGUAUCAAAGAAGACCUUAAACCCAGUGUUUGAUCAAAUAUUUGAUUUCAGUGUUUCCCUGCCUGAAGUACAGAGAAGAACACUAGAUGUAGCAGUGAAGAACAGUGGUGGUUUCUUGUCCAAAGAUAAAGGGCUGCUUGGCAAAUUAUUAAUACCUCUGGCAUCUGAAGAACUUGCUAAAGGCUGGACCCAGUGGUAUGAUUUAACAGAAGAUGGUACAAGGCCACAUGGUGCAAGUUAGACCCAUGGAUACUGGGAAUUCCCCAUACAUAAUUUUGCCAACCUUUAUAUAUUUUUAAAGCAUCAUUCUCAACAGAUGUACCGACAUUAUUUUUAUAGCUUUACUGAUUUAGUUCUUAGACACAUCCCGAAUAAUUUUGUAACACUUGGUCAUUUUAUGUAGACAUAGCCCUUCUCAUUGUUAAACUUUGUAUUUUAAUUUGCUAAACAAUUUUAUGUGUUACUGUAAUGUGCAAUAGUAUGGUAAAGUAACCUUCUGUGUUUAAAUUGAUCUUUAUGAUGGCUGUACCUAUUAGAAAGUGAAAAGAUUAUGUUCUGCUGUUUUCCUGCCUUGUUUUAUAUCUCACCAGGGUAUACUGUACCAUGUAAAUAUAUACUAUUUUUUUAUAAUUCUUUCAUGCUGGUUUGAAUUCAGAAGAAAAUUAUAAAGGAUAUAGAUAUUUUCUUCUAAAUGCAUGUUAAUUUC